GCAAGCCAACAGGCUGGCGGCUGGAGCAGGGCUUGCCCGGGCGUGUUGGAGCUGCAGGUUCCCUGGACGCCACGUGCUGGCGUGAGAAGACUCGCGGGGCUUUCAGGCUGCUGCCCCGUAGGCAGAUUACCUCCCAGACCUCCCUUGCCCUGAGCGGUGAGCUGAUUGGGAUGGUGGCCCGGGAAGCUCCAGAGUCUGCCCAGUGCCUGUGCCCUUCCCUGGCCAGCCUGAAUGCCAAGGAUGUGCUUCGGAGGAAACACAAGAGGAAGAGCCGACAGCACCAGCGGUUCCUGGCCCGGAAGGCCUUGCUGCAGGAGCAUGGGUUGCGGAGCACACCCCCGGAGCCAGGAUCCUCCCCAGGCACCGAAGCCGCCAGUAGUGUGAGGCAGCGUCCAAGGGCUGAAUCUGGAGGUGCCCCAUGCAGCAGAAAGCCCACCCCCAGAGAAUCUGCUGGGCCCUUGCCCAGCAAGUGCGUGGCUAUCGACUGUGAGAUGGUGGGCACGGGACCCCGAGGGCGGGUGAGUGAGCUGGCCCGCUGCUCCGUGGUGAGUUACCACGGCGAGGUCCUCUACGACAAGUACAUCCAGCCUGAGAUGCCCAUCGUGGACUACCGCACUCGCUGGAGCGGCGUCACCAGGCAGCACAUGCGCAAGGCCAUCCCCUUCCAGGUGGCCCAGAAAGAGAUCCUCAAGCUCCUGAAGGGCAAGGUGUUGGUGGGGCACGCCCUGCACAAUGACUUCCAGGCCCUCAAGUACAUCCACCCUCGGGGCCAGACCCGGGACACCACUUAUGUCCCCAGCCUCCUCAGCCAGCCCAGCCUCCACGCCCGGACCCGCGUCUCUCUCAAGGACCUGGCCCUGCAGCUGCUGCACAAGAAGAUCCAGGUGGGCCAGCACGGGCACUCGUCGGUGGAAGACGCCGUGACGGCCAUGGAGCUCUACCGGCUGGUGGAGGUGCAGUGGGAACAGCAGGAGGCCAGCAGCCUCCAACCUCACCCUGAGGACAGAGAGCCCGACAGCAGCACAGACAUGGAGCAGUACAUGGAGGACCAGUACUGGCCGGAGGACCCGGCCCAGGGCGCCAGCAGAGGAACAGGGGAGGCACCGGGCAGAACAGAGUGAGGCAAGAGAAGCUCCACUGGGGAGCGGGGACCAGGAGUGGCUGGGGCCGGAUGCCACCAGUGUCCCCCAGGGCCUAAAGUGUUGGGACCAUCUGCCCACAGCACAGUCCCCGAUUCUGUGGUUUUGCUGAUGGCACUUUAUAGGCACCAUGAAAAUGGCAGGUGGGCUAGCUGCUAGAGCCCAGCAGGAGUAGGGGAUGCGCCGGCAGACUUCCCACCCCCAGGCUGUGCUCUCUAAAGGGAUGAUCUCUCCCUGCUUGGGGGCGGGGGGUGUGGGUGUCCCUAUUCAAGAAUUCCCUUGUCUCGCCCCAGUGCCCUGGGGUAAAGCUCUCUUCCUGUUGUCACCAUCUACCUCUUCCUCCACAGUCAUUUUCAGGAGAAUAACUACGCCCUGAAGCUACAGAGUUAAGGCCACUCGAGGGUCAUUUUGUCCCUUUCUCUCAGAACUGGAACUCUGGCUGUAGCCAUCGUAGGAGCUGCCAGGCUACAAUGGAAUAGCAGAGACCACAGCUCGUGGGGAGCUGGGUCCUCACUUGCUCACCACCAGAAGUCACCAGGCACUAUUCUGGGAGGAGGGAAGGCAGAUAGGCUUUGGGUGGAGACUGGCAUAUGUAUUUUGACCCAAGCCAGGCAUUCCUCCUGCCCACCCAGCGCUAGGCUCUCUUUAAGCAAAAGCUUGAGAAACAGACAGUCGGUUUUGAAUUCUGGGACCCCUGUGCAGAAUUGCCCACAGGGAUCUUUAUUUAUUGAGAGCAAGGCUACGGGUCUGUAGGGGAGCAGAGGGCGGGUCCACUGGGGCCGGGCCGGGCAUUGACAGCUGUGCAAGCUGUUGCACUCGGGUGGGUGCCCCCAAUCACUGUGGUGGUUGGAUUUCUCCAGAUUUCUAAAAAUGUUCUGUGUCGGGAUUCAUACCCUACCCCUCUUCCUGUUUCCUAAGGGGCAGUUGGGGGUAUUGGGGUAACCCAGAGCUCAGGUCACACAGAACCUUUGAGCCCAUCUUUGCUCAUACCUCAAUAGCUUUGAGACUUAGGCAAGUGUGUGACUUCACUCUUGAGUCUGUUCCCUUGUCUGUAAAAUGGGAUAAUGACACCACUACCUCACAGGGUUGUUAGAGGAUGAAGUGCUGAUGCUUGGCCCAGUGCCUGGCGCCUAGUAAGCCGAGGUCAGUGCGAGCGGCUGUGUUUUAAGGAUCAGUGUUGGGCUUUCCGGGUAACACCUGAACACGCCCUUGCGUGUGAGUGGCUUUGACCCAGACAGGACUGUCUCGUGGCUGUUCCAGCAGGUGGGCCACAGGCCUCUGAGGACAACUCAGAGGUUCCGGGCUCUUCACGGUUCCCCGUUAUGUGUGGAUUUCACGUCAGCCUGAGGCAAGCAGCAGGGCCAGGAAGGGAGAGACACUGAAACCACGCAACGGCAAAAGCCAGGGCCGCAGAUUGUUCUGGAGCUGGCUGAGUCACUGACCACACCUGGCCUGGCUCCAGGACUUUGUUCUGGGUUCCUUAAAUGUCUGUAGCUGAAGCCACACUCUCAGUUGAGAAGUAGCUUUGGUUCUUUGGUCUGUGGGUUGAGGAAGGAUGGAGCUGCUAGCAGUGGGGAGAUGUACUGGGUUUAAAAUCAGCUUUGUUGUAAAACCUGGAAAAAAACUCAAUUGAAAAGUGGGUAAAGCGGCCUUUUCUUUGAAUUCUUCAGCUAGGGUGGGAGGGUGGCUUGGGGGAGGGAUUGUGGAGAUGCUGGGGCGCUGAGUCUUGCUGGGUGCUUUGACCUUUGAGGUGGGCGGCUUUCAAGAUGAUGCUUUGGGAUGUAGCAAGAAAAUACUACAGAAUUUAUAUAGUUUAUUAUUUUUUUUCCUUUAUUUUUUAUUUUUUUUUAACAUCUUUAUUAGAGUAUAAUUGCUUUACAGUGGUGUGUUAGUUUCUGCUUUAUAACAAAGUGAAUCAGCUAUACAUAUACAUAUAGCCCCAUAUCUCCUCCCUCUCGCGUCUCCCUCCCAUCCUCCCUAUCCCACCCCUCUAGGUGGUCACAAAGCACCGAGCUGAUCUCCCUGUGCUACGCAGCUGCUUCCCACUAUAGUUUAUUUUUGAAAAUUUUAUAACUGCCCUAGUAUAGAGCACAAGUUUAUUAAACUUGUUUCUCUUUGAAGGUAUGUACUCACUUUUUUUAUUUUUAAAAACUUUUUUUGGUUUUAAAUAUAAAAUACACAAUAUAAAAUUUACCAUCUUAGCCAUUUUUAAGGGUAGAGUUAAGUAGUGUUAAAUAUAUUCACAUUGUUGUGCAACCCGUCUCCAGAACUGUAUUAUCUUGCAAAACUGAAACUCUAUACUCAUUAAACAAUAGCUCAUUCCCUCCUCCUUCCAACGCCUGGCAACUACUGUUCUUUCUGUUUUUAUGAAUUUGAUUAGGUACCUCAUGUAAGUGGAAUCCUACAGUACUUGCCUUUUUGUGUCUGGCUUAUUUCACUUAACAUAAUGUCCUCAGAGUUUGUCCCUGAAGUUGUAGUAUGUGUCAGAAUUUCCUUCCAUUUUAAGGCUAAAUAAUAAUUCAUUUGGAUGUAUAUGACACCUUUUGUUCAUCCAUCCAUCCAUACAUCAACAGACGUUUGGGUUACUUCUCCCUCUUGGUUAUUGUGAGUAAUGCUACUAUGUCUCUCCAGGACCCUGCUUUCGAUUCUUUUGGGUAUACACCCAGAAGUGGCAUUGCUGGACCAUGGUAAUUGUGUUUGUUUAUUUAUUUUUGGCCACGCCGUGGCUUGCAGGAUCUUAGUUUCCCCCGAUCAGGAAUUGAACCCUGGCCCACAGCAGUGACAGCUCAAGUCCUAACCACUGGACCGCCAGGGAAUUCCCUGUGUUUCUUUUUUUUUUGAGGAAUCUCUAUACUGUUUUACACAGUGGCUGCACCAUUUUACAUUCCCACCAACAGUGCACAAGGGUUCUAAUUUCUCCAUAUCCUCACCAACACUUGUUACUUGUGGUGUUUUUGAUAAUAGUCAUCCUGACAGGUGUGAGGUGAUACCUUGUUGUGGUUUUGAUUUGCAUUUCCCUGAUGAUUAGUAACGUUGAGUAUCUUUUUCACGUAUUUAUUGGUAUAUAGUUUAUUUUUAACUCAUUCUUUUUUAUGUCUGUGUUUUAAAAAAUGUAUCCCAGGGACUUCUCUGGUGGUCCAGUGGUUAAGAAUCCUCCUUCCAAUGCAGGGGACACGGGUUCAAUCCCUGGUUGGGGAACUAAGAUCCCACAUGCCGCAGGGCAACUAAGCCCGCGCGCCGCAACUACUGAGCCCGCACACCUCAUCUAAGAUCCUGUGUGCUGCAACUAAGACCCGACACAGCCAAAAAAGAAAAAAACAGUAUUCCAUAGCACAGUUUGACAUGUUUUAAGUUGAACCACAUUAAAUUGCUGAUAUUUGACU